UAUUGAAGACUUGCGUGUGCCAAACUGCUUUUUCGAACAGGAAAUCGGAACUUGUGCUGGUAGUGUUCGGUCGGGUUAAUCCAAAAAUAUUUGUGUUUUUUUUUUAAUAAAUACGUUUUGGGUCGUGGUCCAAAGAUACUAAACCACUAAAAUGAGGCGUUUAAAAAAGUAUAAUUCUGGAGAGGCAGUGCAGUAUAUAACUCGCCGCGCGGCUUUGCGUAAGCUACAGCUGUCAUUGAAUGAUUUUCGUCGUCUCUGUAUCAUAAAAGGUGUUUAUCCACGUGAACCAAAACAUCGCAGGCGUGCUCAAAAAGGAUCUUCGGAUAUUAAAAUACUCUACCAUGCGAAGGACAUACGCUUUUUGUUACAUGAACCAAUCGUUUGGACACUUCGGGACUAUAAAAUAUUCGGAAAGAAAACUGGGCGGGAUCGUGCUGUAAAAGAUUUUCGUAAUUUGAAGCGACGACUUGCAUUAUUUCCUGAAUUGAGAAUAGACCAUAUCGUCAAGGAACGUUAUCCUACUUUUAUCGAUGCGAUAAAAGAUCUUGACGAUUGUUUGACUCUACUUUUUCUCUUCAGUACAUUUCCAUCAUUGCGUUUGAUACCUCGUGAACAGUCACUGCUAUGCCGCCGUCUCACCAUGGAAUUUUUGCAUUAUAUUAUAAACACGAGAUCACUUCGGAAGGUUUUCAUCUCAAUUAAAGGCUUUUAUUUCCAAGCUGAUAUAAAAGGCCAAAAAGUGACCUGGAUAAUGCCACAUCAUUACCCAUUUAAGCCACAUUCCAAAGCAGAGGUUGACUUCAAAGUGAUGUCCAUAUUUGUUGAGUUUUAUACGAUAAUGCUUGGGUUUGUAAACUAUCGUUUAUACCAUAGUGCUGGUUAUGCAUACCCACCAAGGUUUCAUGGAGAUGUAAUUGCUGAUUCCGAAGAUAACUUCAAAGAUGAGUUAACAUAUUGGUCAGACCGAAUUGCUGUAUUAAACUCAGACUUGGUUUCCACAGAACAUGAGGCAGAUGAAGAAACUGAAGAGAUGGAUUUAGAUUUGCUUGAACAGGGACAAAAUUCAAACCGCUUAAUGAAGCUCAGGAAAGAGGCACAAGAACUAAAGCGAUUGCGAACACUUUUUAAGGGCUUAAAGUUCUUUAUUAAUAGAGAAGUACCCCGGGAACCCUUGGUAAUUUUAAUACGAUCGUUUGGUGGAAAAGUUUCGUGGGAUCGCACCGUAUUUGCUGGUGCUACAUUUGAUGAAAUUGACGAGACAAUUACUCAUCAAAUAGUAGAUAGACCUGCUCUGGGUGAGCAAUAUAUUUCUCGUGAUUAUAUUCAACCUCAAUGGGUAUUUGAUUGUGUGAACCAGCGGUGUUUGCUUCCGACAAACAGAUAUUUUGUGGGAGUUACACUUCCUCCGCACUUAUCGCCAUUUGUUGAUAUUAAUCGUGAGUCGUAUGUCCCACCUGAAGAGGAAAGCCUACAAAAUGAGUCUACUUCUAAUCUUCAGAAGAAGAAGGAAACUGUUUCCACGGAAAAAGAAACUAUGAACUUUUUCCCUUUGAAUGACGAGCAAUUACAAGUCGCUUAUAUGGAGGAAAAAGCUGAUAUCGAACAAUAUGAUCAAAAGGAUGACCGUAAUAAUAUAAGCGAGGACGAAAAGGAAACCCACAAAAGCCAAAAUGCAAUGUCCAUGAGUGUCCAAGCUGGGAAGGUACACAAAGAAAAUAAAAGAGUUAUUCAUAAAAAUAACGUGGAUGAGCAUCGCUUACAAGCUCGAAUGGUAAAGUCACGGCACCGAAAUCUAUUUAGAAAACUUAUUCGCGAAAAACAAGUUAAAGAGAAGGAAAAAUGGCUUUUGCGAAAAAAGCGACGAGCUAUCGAGGCUCGAGAAGGUGAUAAUUCAAAAUGAUUCAAAAGAGCUUCCUAUCAAAAAUUUGAUAUGGUUUAAAUCUAUAGAAUACAAAUGUACUAAAAAAUUAUUUUGUAGUUUAUAAUAUUUAUAUGCUCGUAAAGUUGCAGGAAAGAAAGAUCGGUUCCUGUUGGUAUAAGUGCUAUUUUUAAAUUUAAAAAUGUAUCUAUCAUAAUAAUCGAUGAAAGAUUCCUCUAUUUAGAAUCCACUGCCGAUUGUGUUGUGGAUAUUCAAAGAGACGGCAUUGGAAACAAUAAAUGUAAAAGAAGCAUUUA